GCUAUGGCAGGGGAGAAGAAUCCUGAUAAAGGAAAGAUACAUAAUGGAACCGUUUGGCUUAACCAUCUGUCAGGAUCCCUGCGCGUCCCGCGUGCACGGGUUAGCAGCAGGUCUCUUAGCAUUCUUCUCCAUGUAAAACUGUUGCGCACAUCGUGGACUCGAAGUCUUCCGACCAAAUGAGCCGGACCCUUGAGCUUCUUCCAACGCUCCCUCUCGCUCGAGCAGCGUGAAAGAAAGUCCAUCAACAACCGAAGGAAACGUAUCAAUCAGAUCAAAACUGACGAGCGUGUUUCCACGGCCCCCAAGAUGCUCAGCCCAGGCUUUCCAUAGCGGCAGGCCAAAGAGGAUUUGGAUUCACCAUCAACCCCGCGCGCGUCCUCUUGUGCCGCCAAGCAGAUGCCCCUCUUCUCUGCUGCUCCCAUCAGAGAUCCACCGCCCGGCGUCGUCGCCGUUCUCGACCUCUCCCACCUCUCACUCACUCCUUGCCCCACUGCUCCUCUUGAUGAGUAAGGGCAGCUUGCUGUGCUCGCUGGUCCUGCUGCAAGUUUGCAUCGCCCAGCUGUCUCUGGUCUCGGGUAGCCUGCUGACCGGAGGCCAGAUUGGAGGCAAUCUUCUGUGCCAAGAUCCAAUCCGGAGAGCGUGGUUGAUGUCAAGCCAUGGCCGCGACGAGUUCGAGGGCCACAACGCUGAUUUCAUCUUCGAUGAGGAGCUGGCCGACGAAGGGGUGGACACGAGCGAUGACAGAGGUGUGCUGGUGGCAGUAGGAGAAGCGGGCGCUGAGGAAGAAGAGGGGUUGCUGCCCUCAGAUGGUGACGAUGAAGGUGGCGACAACAGUGGUGGAACCAAGGAUAGCUCCGGAAGUGGUGGUGAUGUUGAAUGUCCUGAGUGCGGGAAAUUCUUCAAGAGCGAUAAAUCAAUGUUUGGUCAUCUUCGGAGCCACCCGAACAAAGGGUAUAAAGGUACUACUCCGCCCGUGAAGAAGUUGAAGCUCUCACCGGAGACAGCCGCUACAGCCGCCACAUCAUCUUCUUCCUCGUCCCAAGGUAUUGACCGACCCCCUGCCCAGCAUAGCGGACGUGAUCCUCAGUUAACCCCCUUAGAGAUAUUGUGUGCGCAUGGAAUACUCACACUCAAGUAUAAAGACAAUAAACAGGCCACACAAGUGCUGCCGCCACCGCCUUCGUUUGGAAAACUUGAUGCCAUUGGACAAGCUGAAGGUGGAAUCCGAGGAUCAGCCACAGGCUAUGCUGCAGCCAAGAUCAAGGGCAACAAUGAUGGUAAUGUGGGAAAUUAUGAUGAACACAGCGGUUCCUUUGUGAAAAUCCCCAAAAAGAGAAGGAACAUGCCCAAAGAAGUCAGCGAGGCACAUAGGAAGAAGGCGAAGUUUGUGCCCACUCUAAAGGAGAAGCGUCCAUACAUCUGCAAGCAUUGCAAGGCAGAGUUCUCCAUGCACCAGGCCCUGGGUGGGCAUAUGGCUGGCCACCACAAGGAGAAGGUGGUCCCGGCACUGGACGAUUCCUCGCUCAGGGCACACCAGAGCAUGGCUGCCGAGAGCCAGAACGCGAAGGAGCAAGUUGGAGGCGGUGACGAGGAUGACAACAGUUGGCACGGCAACGACCUGUCUCCGCCUAGAGGGCAGUUCUCCAUAGUAUUGGACGUGCCGUGGCAGUGUGGGCAGGCAUCAGGAGGGCAGAUGAGGCAGCACUCUAAGAGGAACGAUGGCCUGUCGUCGCCACCAGUGGUGCCGGUAGCAACUCCGACUCCGACUGAUGAUGGAGAUGGGCGCAGGCUGUUCGACAUUGACCUCAAUGUCAAGGUUCCGGAGCAGGAAUAGAAGUGGUGCAAAUCUCUUGCGUGUUCAGAGGAGCAGGAAUAGAGACAUGCAUGCUGUA